AUGGAUGGUGCUCCAUAUUUGAGGAAAGUGAACCUCAGAAACUAUUCUGCAUACGAAGAGCUCUCUUCUGCUCUUGAAAAUAUGUUCAGUUGUUUUACUAUUGGCUCAAACAGUGACGUUUUUAUUCGAAGUUACUGCUAUUUUUCUGUUAUGUCCGCUCAAUAUGGAUCUCCUGGAGCUCCUGAGAAGGAAAUGUUAAAUGAGAGUAAAUUGAAGGAUUUCUUUAUGGAUCUGAAUACGUACUCACGUAUGAGAAUAAGGAUGGGGCCUGGAUGCUUGUCAAUGAUGUCCCCUGGAUGUGCUCCUUCACCGAAUCCUUCUGCAUGUUCCUCACAUGUUACAAUUAUUCAGGAAGAAGAGGAAGAAAAGAACCUGAAACUUGUACAGCUGCAUCGUUGA